AUGACGCUCUACUACACCCUCGUGUUCGUCCUGCUCAUGGCAGAGAUGGGGCUGUUUAUGCUCCUAAUCGUGCCUCUUCCGUUCACCGUGAAGCGCAAGCUGUUUACGUUCAUCUCCGAAAGCCCAGUCGUCGCAAAAGUCCAGUAUUGGAUGAAGAUCACAUUUGUCUUCAUCCUCAUCCUCUUCAUCGACAGCGUCAACCGUGUGUACCGCGUCCAGGUCGAGCUUGCGCUUGCUACUGAGAAGCAGAACAGCGGCGCCGCCGUUAUGGGUCACGAGCGCCUCGAGGUGCAGGCCCGCAAGUUCUACUCUCAGCGCAACAUGUACCUCUGUGGUUUCACCCUCUUCCUUUCGUUGAUCCUGAACCGCACCUACGUCAUGAUCCUUGAGGUCAUGCGCCUCGAGGACAAGGUCCGCAGCUACGAGGGCACCAAGGGCAACACCAAGGAGAGUGAGAAGCUUGCUGUUGCUGGCCAGCCCGGCGAGAUUGCCAAGCUCCGUAAGGAGCUUGAGCAGAAGAACCGCGAUAUCGAGACGCUCAAGAAGCAGAGCGCCGGUCUGCACAAGAGCUACGACGAGCUCUCAGACCAGUACGCCCAGACACAGCCUAAGGGUGACAAGAAGGCGCAGUAA